AUGGCGCGCGCCACAUCGGAGCACAGGUCGUUCGAGGGGGCGCUCAAGGCGCGGCGCAAGGCGUUUGCGGAGCUGCUGGAGCAAUGCGCCUCAGACUUGGCUGCCGUCGAGGCCAAAGGCGACGUCACCAGGCGCCAGCAGGCUGCGGCCGAGGCGGACGGCCUAGCGGCGCGGCUGGCGGGGGCAGAGAAGGAGGCGGCAGAGAUCAAUGCUCAGGAGAAGAUGUUCGGCUGGCCGUCCACGAGCUACACCCAUGUCGCACGCCUGUGCUCCACCCUGGAGCCGUACGUGCAGCUGUGGUCUGCAAUCAACGCGUUUUACGACAAGCACGCCACAUGGAUGAAUGGGCCGUUCUGGAAGAUCAACGCAGAAGAGGUUGAGGCCGACACCGCAGACGCCGCCAGGCGCCUGUUCAAGCUGACAAAGAUGUUUGGCGGCAGCGGCGGCGCGGAGCCCAAGCCGAUCCCCCUGGCAACCGCGGAGGAGGCGCGCGCCAGGGUCGCCGCCUUCCAGGCACACGUGCCGCUGCUGGCGGUGAUCUGCAACCCGGGGCUGCGGGAGCGCCACUGGGAGGCAAUCGCCGAGGUGGCCGGCUUUGAGAUCCGCAAGGACGAGGUGACCAACCUGAAGCGGCUGCUGGACAACGGCAUCGCCGACCACCUGAAUAAGCUCACGGAAAUCGGGGACGCCGCCAGCAGGCAAGCCGUCGAGCGCGCUUGCUCCCCAUAA